AUGGAACAAAAAGUUCAAGACAACAGUACUACCACCUGCAGCACCUACUACGACACCAGCGACUACAUCUCUUCCUCCCUCGAACUGCAGAAGAUACGCAGCAUCACAACCGCUAUUUCCUGGUUCAGAAGGUUCCUGGAGGUCUUCCUAUUGCGACGGCGCGAAGCCGAACCAGUGGAGAGACGAGGGGAAUUGAUCGUCGGAGGGACCCCGGCCACCAUCGCGGAAGCACCGUGGCUGGUCUACGUUCAGUUCAUUACAACUGCCGGAUCGGGAGUGUGCACCGGUUCCAUCAUCGACGAACUUCAUGUCUUGACUGCUGCUCACUGCCUUCAAAAGGGGAGUGACUUGGCAAGCUAUGUGGUUGUGACAGUCGGAAACGCGGACGCCACACUGGGAACGACAUACACUGCUUCGUCCUGGCUCCCCAAUCCUUCCUAUAAUGCGACGGCCUUCGUCAAUGACAUUGCGGUGAUUACGCUUCGCCAGCCCCUGACCUUCUCGCCCUCCGUUCAGCCGAUCUGCAUCCCGAGUUCCGAGCACGUGAACGAUACCCAAGCUUGCGCCGGAAAAAUGUUCGGAUGGGGUCUUACCUCACAGAAUCCUGACACUCGUACCAUGAUCUUGCAGAAACUGGAUGCGACUGUCUUUCCCAAUAAAGAUUGCCCAUAUUGGAACCAAAAUAUGUACAUUUGCGCACAGGGUCUCUCCACGGGUCAUGGAGGCUGCUUUGGGGACAGUGGAGGACCUCUGGUUGUGUACGAGGACGGCAUAGCAUACGCCAUCGCUGCGCUCCAUGGACCGUCCACUGACCUUAAGCACAGCGAGCGGCCGUAUCAGCGAUCCCGAUCCCGUCCUUUACGACCAUCGGCUGAGAGCCCUUACCCGCCUCCCAAACCCCGAGCUGACCAGCGGACUUAG